GAAGCAAAAUUUUGUCAAGGGAAAGAUAUUUUCGAGAGAAUGAAUUAUUUGUAUCAGGCUAGUCAUAUGAUAUCGUUAAAAAAUAGAGUUGCUGCUUCUUAUUAUGGAAGUAUGAUGAUGGGUUGUGCGAAGAAAGCUGUGCUGCGAGUGGAGCCAAAUUUAAAAAGAACCGUAUGCAAACAAUGUAAUUCUCCUCUUAUACCUGGAGAGACGGCUAGAGUUAGAUUAUGUUCUAAGCGUGUAAAAGGAGUUAAAUGGACUUGUUUGAUCUGUUUGAAUAGUAAAAUGUAUCCUACUAAAAAAGGAUACAAAUUAUGGAUAGAACAGCCGGAAGCAAUCGUUGAAACACUUCAUUUUCUUCCUAAAAAAAAGUCUACCGACUGUGAUAAAAGUAAAGUAAAGGACGAUAAUAAGACUGAAUCUACUAAUAAUAUGAGGAUAAAAAACAAAUCUGAUAAUAAUCUCAACGUAAAUCCGGACGACGUGAAGUCUAUAAAUUGUAGUCACUAAUAUCGUAUAAUAACUUUGAUGUACGAAUAUUUUUUAUUAAUCACUUACAUAAAAUAUGUUACAAUAUUACAAUAAAUUUGUAAUUAAUAAA